AUGCCCUCGUCGAGGGACCCUUUUGAUGAAUCCGUCAGCGACGUGCGGGAGCUUGUGGCGCAGGCAAAAACUCUGAAAGAUUCCGUGAGGGCGAAGGGGCUCGUUGACCGCGGUGUCGUUGAGGAGGUGAGACGCGUCUUGGAUGCGGCGGAUGAAGAGUUGGAGCUUCUCAGGAACGUGUUGCGGGUAAUUGAGGAACGGAACGGUAAAGUUGGCGACCAAGUUUUUUCGGUGAAUGAGGUGCUGCGUCGUCAGGGGGUGGUUCGCGAGCUUGAGACGGAGCUAAAAGACGUUCGCAGCUUUCGCGACUCUGUGGAGGCCCGCGUGGUGGAAACUGAGAAGAAGUUUAGUGCUUUGGGUCCUGCUGACGACCACGUCGACGAUGCGUUUGUGCUGGGGCAGGAACAGGCCCAGCGGCAGGUGCACUCGGAGCAAGAUCUUAUUUUAGAUAGGCUCUCCUUCGGUCUUCGCGAGUUGAGGGAAACGGGGGUAGGCGUCAAUGAUGAGCUCCAACAGCAGGAAAUUCUGCUGGAGGACGCUCAGCAAAAUAUGGAGGGCGUACAGGCGCGUCUGCGCGUGGUUAACGCAAAGGUAGACAAACUACUGGCGAGCAUGUCUAACCGAAAGAAAAUAUGUACGAUUGUGAUUCUCGUCGUCACCCUGGUGAUUCUUGCCGCAAUCCUGUUUGGGUGA